UGGCUCGAGGGGCGGCUCGGCCAGCCAACGGUUCUACCACGAGCCGACGCCGACAUGUUCCACUUUGCCUUCGUUUGCACCUGGGCGGCGGCGGCGUCGUCGUCAAAGGAAGUAGAACAAAAACAAUACCGCAAUCAAGUGUUUUGAAUUUCUGGACUUGGUUUUGCAAAUCAAGGAGUUCCCAAAGAAAUUGAUUAAGUUGUUCUGGAUGAAAGAAGUUAACCUUCAACUUCGCUUUAUUAUAUUGUUCAACGGAAGAUCAUCGUGACAAUUUCAGCAAUGUUGUCCAGUAAUGUGAUUGCUACUCAAAGGUCCACAUGGGUCUCCUUUAAUGAUGAUAUACAAUACACAUUAAAGGGAGGAGAUGCAGGUGGAGACUUCAAAUACUCUCCAGUCUCGGGUAAAUUAUUUGAAGAUGAUAAUUACCAACAUCGUACGCUUCAACGUCAGCAUAGCCCAGUGUGCACGACAGAAACGGCAUCUGUGCCCAGUGAAUGGAUCAAGUUUGAUGAUCAGCCGUGGCCUAUUCCUUCUCCACUACAUCCACAAUCAACAGGCUCAAGAGAACCUCCGACUUCAGAAGGGAGUUGGACGACACAGUCUGAGGAGCCCUGCAAUCUAAGUUUGGCUCCAUCAUACACAGAUCUGCAUUCUUUAGACGUAGAAGAUUUGCACAGUAACAGUAUUUCCAGAUCUGCAUCUCCAGAUAUUGGCUCAUUUUAUCAUGAUCACAAUGCGACUAGCAUGGAAUCAAUGAGCAGGAACUCAGACAAGGUGCAACUGAAUGAAUCCGGAAUGUCAACGGCACGCUUUUCGACCUGGGUCAAAUUUGAUGAUGACCCUGAAGCAACCCAAACAUCUCUUUCAAAACUGGGAAUUCCUCAUAGUUACACCGAUCAAGAAAAGGUCAAGGUAUCCCUUGAGCCUGAAAGUGAUAUAGAAACAACAUCAACAAAUAAGUUGUUGGAUUUUUUAGCUGAAGACAAUAAUGAUGUGUUUUCACAAAUUAGACCGGCUAUAAACCCGUAUUCACCAACACAUACUACUAACCCUUUUUUGGAUGAAGCUCUGCGUGAUGUUCAACCAUCACCAAUCAACCCAUUUCAAGCGUUCUUUGAAAAAAAUCAAAGUUCUCACACAAUGAAUUCAUUGCCAAAUGACUCUCAGAUCUGUGAACAGCUAAAUGAACCUGACUCUACAUUUAACGAUGCACGCAUCAAUCGGCAAAGAGAUUCUAUGUCAUUCAGCGGAAGUCAAGCUGACAAAAAGAUUUCAGCUGUGUUCAGUAAUUCAUCAGAUUUGUUUUCUCCAUUUACUGCCAAGAAUAUCAAUGAUCAAGAUGAUUCUGUUUUCAUAAAUUCACCAAGUGCAGUUGGCUCAUUUUCUGAUGUAAAAAUCAGUAAUCAUAGGGAUUCCAUUAUAUUCGCCAAUGGCAAAGAUCUGAUUCCCUUAUUACCAGAUGUUAAAGGCAAUAGUCAAAAAAAUUCUGCUGUUUCAGAGAAUUCUCCAGAUACAGUCUUUCAAUUUCAAGCUGCGGAUGUGGAUAAUGAAAGGGACUCUAUUUUCAUACAUUUAUCAGAUCCAGUUUCCCCAUUUUCGGACGUGAAAAUCAGCAGUCAAACGGAUUCUAUCAUGACGUUUGGCCAUCCUCCAGACUGCUCAUUUCCGAAUUCUCACGUCAAUGGUCAAAGAAAUUCCGUUAUGUUCAAUAAUUCUUUAAAUCCCACAUUUACGGAUGACUCGAUGAAUUGCACUCUCCAAAAUGAAGUGUUCUCUCAUCUCAAACAAAUCAAAAUUAUGGAUCCAGAUCAAAUUAACAGCCCCACCUUACCUGAUGACCCUGUGCAUUCUCCCGAGGCAGAAAACUAUGCAUUGAACCUUUUCCAUCUUCCACCUAGAGAUGGGUGGACAAUGAUGCUGAGAAUACCUGAGAAAAAGAACAUCAUGUCAUCAAGGCACUGGGGGCCUAUAUAUGUCAAAAUGUUAGAUAAUGCACGUUUACAACUAUUCUAUGAAAAGGGUCUUGAAAAACCUUUUAGAGAGAUCCAGCUUCUGCCUUCCCAUGAGUUGUCUGAGCUCAAACUUCAGAACUUUGAUGAAAAUGGGAAAAUACACACGAUAAGAAUCGAUCAGGUAUUAUACAGGGAGAAACGCAAGUACCAUCCCUUGCCAAUAGUUGUUCAAACGCCUAUUAGGGAGCAGGUAAUCAAACUGGGCACCACCUGUUAUGAAGAUUAUGUGAGCUUUGUGACUACAAUUCAAGAUGCACUAAUGAAAAUGCCAAGUACCCGAGAUAUUUGUGCCAGUUACUUUGAAGAUGAAAUAACUGUGGAAGUACAAGAUGAAUUUAGAGGUGUUGUGGCCAAAGGAGACAACAAGCUUAUCCAACACUGUGUUGUCGCACAUAUCAGUAUACUAGCUUUUGUUUCUGGGAUGCCAGAAAGCAGAAUCGGCCUCAAUGAUGUUCAAAUUAAGGGAAAUGAAGUUGUGUCAAGAGAUGACAUAAUUCCCACAACCACAACCAAGUGGAUUAAAAUAAGUGACUGUCAGUUCCACAAAUGUGUUGAUAUUGAUGAAUUCAAUAAUUCUAGAUCAAUUAAAUUUUUGCCAUUGGAUGGUCAUAAAUUUGAGUUGAUGCGUUUCAGGACUACAUACAGUGAGAAAACGCUGCCUUUCUCCCUCAAAACCUUGGCUACUGUUAAGGGGGCUGAAGUGGAACUUCAGUCUUGGCUGGUGAUGUCAUCCGGUUUUGUGUCUAAUCAGGACCAAUAUGCAGUCAUGCCUUGUGAAAAUGUGAUGAUUCGGUAUCCAGUCCCAAUGGAUUGGGUCAAGAACUUCCGGCGAGAAGGCGUCUUGCGAGAGAAAUCACUGAAGGCCAGAGUGAAUAGGAGUGCCAGCUUUGGUAGUGGAAGUGUGUCUGGCUCUGAGCCUGUUAUGAGAGUAACAUUGGGAAGUGCCAAGUAUGAACAUGCCUUUAAAUCUAUAGUAUGGAGAAUCAACAGGCUUCCUGACAAAAAUUCAGCUUCAGGGCAUCCACAUUCGUUUUACUGCCACCUUGAGCUGGGGUCUGAUCGGGAAGUGCCUGCUAGUUUUGUCCACUAUGUGGACGUGGAGUUUGAUAUGCCUAGUAGUUCGGCAUCGAAAGCAGCAAUUAGGUCGAUCUCAGUGGCCAACAAGACGAUUGUGAGAAAGUGGGUUGUUUACAAAGCUCACUACAAUUAUCAGGUGGAAAUGGAACAGAAAACGGUUCGAGCUCCAAGUGGGGAUAGCAUGGAAACUGAUCAUCCGAAUGAGUGUGCUCAGCAGUGAAGCCAGACACAGUAAAGGACUGGGCUAUUCCAAUAUCACUUCAGCGUGCCUAUGUUGCAAAUAGCACCUUGCUGCCAUUGUGCUAAUUUUGACAUUUCAAUUCCUGAAGCGACCAAAAGACAAGGAGUUUUAGAAAAAGACUACUAAAUUCAUGAAUAGAAUCGGCUGAAAUGUAUAGACAAUGACUUUGAGGACCCUGACUACUGAUUGAAAGGUGGAUUUAAUCCUUUGUAUGGAAUAGAUGUAAAGUGCUGAAUAUUCUCAUCAAACACCACAUAAUCAAUCUCUGUUUCUCUCUUGGAUGCACUGAGGACUUGAACAAGGAGUGAACAUGGAAGGGUCUAGGUCCCAAUGUUAUGUAACUUUUUGGCGUGCUGUUGCUUUUUACUUUUCCCCUUCUAUAAACACAGAAAGAAACCACCUCUUUGCUCUAAGCAGCAGAUCUCCCUCUCCCGCCUUUCCUUUUGCGCUUGUGAAUCUGAAGUUGCCAUUUUGUAAUACUAGUCAUUUUCUCAACAGGUCUAGAAUGAAAAAAGUAAAUGUAAAGGUACCUUGUUUCAUUUAUUUUUUUUAAUCUGCUGACAUUGUGGUUUUGAACUUACAGAUCACAGAAAUGUUUUUUUAUAAAAAUAUUGUAGUUGGAUGAAUGAAAUGUGCAUCAAACUUUGAAAAAAAAAUUAAUUCUAGUGACAAGCACAGUUAAUAGGAUGUUACCUUAUUGCUCAUUCACUCCUUGGUCUCUUUAACUCUUUGACUACUUAAUGGAUAGAUCUGUUAUCUGAAGUUCUGAGCCUUGGUGUGUGGCAAUGAAUAUUUAUCUUGCCAAUGAUGCCAAGAAAGGAAGUUGGGAAAAUUUCAAGCCUGAGGUUAGUGCUGAAUUUAUAAAUGAGGAGCUGCAGAUGUUGGUUUACAAAAAAAGGCACAGUGCUGGAGUAACUCGGUGUCAGGCAGCAUCUCUGGAGAAAAUAGAUAGGUGACGUUUCGGGUCAGGACACUUGUGAAAGAAUGGUCCAGACCCGAAACGUCACCUAUCUAUGCUGCCUGACCUGCUUAGUUACUCCAGCAUUGUGUGUCCUGAGUAUUGAAUUUGCUGUUAUUACCCAAGGUAGUAAACCAAAACCUAUCAAAGGAC